AUGGUAAGAUUAUCAAAGAUGAUAUCAAAUCUUAAAAACCUGUUAAUUGGAACUUCACAUCCAUCUGAAAUGAAUGAUGAUUUAGCAGCACGAUCAACAAAAGGAUAUAAUACAAUUUUAAGUCUGACAGAUGAAGAAUUAAUUGGAACAUUAUGUUUGGAGUCGGCGAGCUUCAAGGACAGUGAAGUAACAAGUAGACUGUAUCAAUGUCAUCAAUCUGACCGGUUUAUUGCUGCUCUAUGUGAUCCAAGAACUUCUUUUGAAUACAAAAUAAAUGAAAUUUUUCAAGUUGUGGAGCCUCAAAAUGUUGAAUAUAUUAAAUUUUCUGUUAAGUUGAAAUUGAAAAUCCAUCCCACAAAAGCAUUGAGUGAGGAAAAUAUCAGGAAUAUCAGAGUCUAUCUUGAUAGUUGUGGAUCAGCGCACCACUUUACCAUAUUUAUGAAACCAGACUUAAAUCUACCAGAUGUUUUAACUUAUUUGAAUCAAGUUGGUUCUUUGAAAUCUGACAAAGAUGUUGAUGAUGAUAUUUGCAAAAUUAACAGUGAAAGACUUCCAAGGAUUUUGAUUUUGAUUUCAAAUCCCAAAUUCUUUAAGUGUUUCCACAAAUUAUUAAGUUUUUAUUCAAAUAAUUCUUUAGAAACAAGUUCUUGUUCACGAAAGUAUAGAUUGAUCGGUAAAGUUAUCCAAAAACAGAGUUCAAAAUAUAUUUAUAACAUUAAAGGGACUAUACCUCAUCGUAACUGUGUUUAUUUCUUCAUACCACUCGAGUCACAGCGUGAAGAGUGCAUUAAUGAUGACUUUAUAAAGAGAUAUUUUUUUGUUUUUGAAAAGAUGAAGCUUGAAAAUCCUUCAUCUGAUCACCAUAGAUCGUAUUCAAUAUAUGACAUGGAAUGUGCAAAUGAUCAGAUAAACAUCAAAGCCAUUGAUUACCUGAACAGCUGA